GCUGAGAGAUCAUCGAGCGCCGAAGAGAGACCCGUUGAGGAUAAUGACGGACGUUUGUAUCCGAGCCGUUGUAGGAGCCAUACACUCGAGCCCAUUUCAGGCUGUCAUCUAUCUCUCCGGUGGAGCUUCGAUGGUAUUGGGUUCGUUGCUUUCAGUUCCUGGGGCCUCAAAUACGGUGCUUGAAGCUGUGAUUCCUUACUCCAGGAUGUCAACGAUCCAGUUGCUUGGCAAGAUUCCACCUCAGUUUUGUAGCCAACAGACUGCUGAAGAGAUGGCCUUGUUGGCUUACAAUCGUGCUCUUAAGCUUUCCAGACCAGGAUCCCCAGUUCUUGGUGUGGGUUUCACUGCUUCUUUGGCUACUACGCGUCCUAAACAUGGGGAACACAGGUUUUAUGUGUCAACAAGAACAGCUGACCGGUUGUGGAUGUCAACAGUGACCUUGGCCAAGGGAUUGCGUACCCGAGAAGAAGAAGAAAGAGUCUCUAGUAAUCUUUUACUCAAGGCAAUUGCGAACGCAUGCAAAGUUCCAGCAACAUCUAUCUCUGAGUUGACUGAAUCUGAUGUAUCUGAUGAAUGUGAACAGCAAUUCAAUGAAGAUCAAGAAUUAGAACAACUGAUAAAUGGCCAAAUAUGCUUUAAAAUCUAUCCAUUUUGUAGUGAAGCUAAUGCAUCAGCAGAAAGGAAAAUAAUUUUGCCUGGUUCUUUUAAUCCAUUACACGAUGGGCAUCUCAAGCUUAUGGAAGUUGCCACUGGCAUUUGUGGUGGUGGCUAUCCAUGCUUUGAAAUAUCUGCAGUUAAUGCAGACAAGCCUCCAUUAUCGGCGUCUGAAAUAAAGAAUCGUGUCAAGCAGUUUGAAAAAGUUGGAAAGUCGGUAAUAAUUUCCAAUCAACCUUAUUUUUAUAAGAAGGCUGAACUUUUUCCAGGCAGUGCCUUUGUAAUUGGUGCUGACACGGCAGUGAGGCUUAUUAAUCCUAAGUACUAUGACGGGGAUUACAACAAGAUGUUGAAGAUACUCGGUGGUUGUAAAGAUACAGGAUGCACCUUUCUUGUGGGUGGUCGGAAUGUAGAAGGUGCUUUCAAGGUUCUUGAGGAUUUGGAUGUUCCUGAGGAGCUAAAAGACAUGUUCAUCUCUAUUCCAGCUGAACAGUUCCGCAUGGAUAUAUCUUCCACUGAGAUACGGAAAAGAAGCGGAAUGUGAAUAUUGGUGUAGUUCAGAGUCCUCUAUGCUCACAGUAGUUAUUACAAGGCGCAGCUCAAAAAUAAUCACGUGUCUGUACCCACCUACCCAAGGUGUGUAUCAUAUAUUUAAUUAUACAGGUAAAAGCAAGCCAGUUUUACGUUGGCAUGUACUCUAUUGAAAAAUGAGAAGAAAAUCCUAGGAGAGUUUAUGUGUUCUAAGUUUUGAAUUUUCUCUUUAUUCACCAAAAAAACGAGAAGAAUAUCGUAAAUCAGAAUGGAAGUUGCAGUCUAUGGUUCAAAUGCCAAAGGCAUGCGAGUACUUUAUUUUUGAUCGUGUUACUAUAAAAUUGUCUGGUCAUAAUGCUGAAAAAAUCAUGGUCAUACAUGUUCAUAGAAUCUCUUCAGUGGACUGGAGGAUACACACUAGUAUGAUUUCCUUAACUAGGCUUCUUCUUCUUGCCUCUACUAGGUUUCAGUAAAUGGCGUAUUGCAGGAGACGCUGAAUAUGAAUGUAUAGUGCAUUAAAGUUCUUGGCAAUUUAUCCUUUUUUUGGAGUGCUGAUAAUUGUCCCUGAUUGAAAA